AUGUCAGGUUCUUCCGACAGUAAUAGCAUACCGAGACAAGUAAUCAAGAAAUUUUUCGCAAAGCUUGAGAAUGAAUUCGAAGGGACUCUCGCUAGAAAUGCCAUCACUGAGUUGAUUGAUUCCAGUGAGCGUGAAGCAGCUUGGAACUCCGGCGAGCUCGGAUCUUGUUACUGUUUAGCGUCGGAGAUUGGCGUGGUGUUUCUUCGUUUUCUGGUGCUAGGCUGA